AGUCCUUUCCUCAAAUUUUGCCGACUGAAAAGGUCUAGGGGAGAGUGCUGUCACUUCUUCUUUUCCAAAUGGCGGAUGCGGAUUCCGACGGCCAGGCAUCAACAUUUUCAGAGCAAAGGAAUCGGGGCAAAGAUCAUUUAAAAGGGAAAAGGAAAGGGAAACAUGCUAUAGAGGGAAAAGAGAGGUUAAAGAAAAGAGGGAUGAGUAAACCGGGACAUGCUGUGGUCAUAUCUGGUGGAAGUACAGAACCACCAUUUGAUGAUGUGCCUGUGGAUCUAUCAGCAGAUCAUAAGGAUUUGGUUAUGGAAUACUCAGAUAUGUUUGAACCAUCAAAGGGCACUGGUUUUAUUGAUAUUCAAGAUGGGGAUGCCGUAUCUGAAUCCAGUGACACAGAGAUUGUUGCACACACUAAAGAACAGGUACAGUAUGGUAAUCAAGCUACAUCAAGUGAAAGCAACAGUGACAGUGAUGUAAAUGACGGCCCUCCGCCAUUACACAGUGAUGAGGAUGAUGACGAUGGUAGUGAUAUGGAUGGCAUAGAUGGGCCCCCUCCUUUGGACAGCGAUGGCAAUGCUGAGAACUCGGAUGGUGCAGAAGAGCUACCUACCUCGCCUAACACAGGCAGCAGCGAUGAAUUGAGCACCAAGAGAGCUCCUAUGCCAAGUGAGAGGAGAGGUGUAAAAAGUUCUGAAGACUCUGAAAGUGAUAGCGAUAGUGAGAGUGGUGUAAAAGAAGCACCACCACCUCUUGAUAGUGAAGAUGAUGGAGAAGAAAACGAACUGAGUAGUCCUAGUGCAGAAAAUAUGGAAAGUGCUAAUGUUGACAUUGUUGAAAGUGAUACACAUGAUUCACCCGUAGAGGAAGUUAAUAAUGACGAUGAUGAAAAUGAUAAUGAUGAUGACAAUCGCGAUAAUGAUGAGGAUGAUGAGCGACAUGAUGAUAACAAUGAUAACGAUGAUGAUUCUAAAGAGGAGGAAGUGGAGGAGGACACUCAAGCAGUGCCACACUCGACUGAGUCUGUCAAUCUUGAGAUUGAAAACUCAGAGGAAAGUGAACAAUCUGAUUCACCUGCAGAAGCCGAGAGGCAAGUUCCACUGCAGCACCAAUCUGAUGACAGUGAUGAUGGCAUCGUUAACGAGAGAGACAGUGACCACGAAGCUGCCGUGGAUUCAGUGGAAGAGGUACAUGUUGCUUCUGUUGUCAAUGAGGUGAGCAGCUCAACACUAGCUGAUGAGGAUUCACAUACAGAUGAACUGGAUGAUAAUGAAAAAACCGAUGUUACUGAGGAUACUGCCAUUAGCAAUGAACUUGAUGAGAAAGAGGUUGCUGCAAGUUCAGCUAGUGAUCACAAUCAUGACCGACCACGUAGUUGUAGUAACGAAGAAAGUCCUGAUGAUGAUAGUGAUCAGGGUAGUGGUGACUCUCCACAAUUUGAUCCCAUGGAAGAUGAAAAUGAGCUGGAAUGGGAUGUGGAAGAUUUUGAUCUACCCCCUCAUAAGAGUGCAAAGCCAAACUCAAAGACCAAGACAGAAGGAAUAGAGGUUGACAAACUAAAGAAGUCUUUUCUGGACACUCUUAAGAGUGAAGCAGAGCAGACAAAGGUUGAUGAAACUGGACAGAAAUCCGAGACAAAGAAAAAGGAAAAGGUCGAUAAAGGAUUAAAUGCAAAGAACACCCUCAAAGACGAGAAGAAACGUGCUGAUGGUUAUUCAAAAAAUGUGACCAAUCAUGAUUCAAAAAGUGAGCCUGGGAAACAUCCCAAGAAAGUGACAAAAGAGAUCUCACCUAAACCUGAACAAGACAAAACAGAAAAGAAAAGUGUUAAAGAUGGGAUAAAAAAUGUACCAAGAACUUCGCCAACUACCAAGCAAGUUAACACUGUAACAAAACCUGUGAAAGCAAAAGUCAAAGCUACAGAUAAGAGUGCAGACAAAACAGACAUAAAGCAAAAGAGUGAAAAACAAAGAAAAGAUAUCAAAGAAAGUCCAAGGAUGACUGAAGCACCUAGUAUGGAAAGGAAAGUUGUAGCAAAAUCUGGAAAGGUAAAAUCUGCUUCAGCGUCAUCUCUCCAUAGUGGCAUUGAUGACCAACAAAGAGGUGCUAAUGAACAGCAGAGAGGUCAACAGACUCUGCCAACAAAAGAAAGAAAAAAGCCCAGACCAGUUAGUGAUUUACCAGCUGAUACUCGUUCACAUAUUAAGCAUAAAGAAGAAGUAAAUUUGCCUGCCAUCCAAACAAAAAAAGAAAUAAAGAAACCACGAAAGAGUGAUAGUGAUGCAACAUCGGAUUCUUUGAUAAGGCAAAAGCCACAGAAAACGAGCUCUUCCGAGUCUGUUCCCAAACAAAAGAAAGCAACCCCCGUUGUAAUACCGACGCAAGGAAGGAAAACGAAGGAAAACGAAACACCCGCAGAGAGUACUGAAGUAAGGAAGGCAAAAACUAAAAGAACUGCUAGUAAGCCUGUUGCUGUUGGAACUGAACAUGAAGAUGCCGUUGUUAAUCACGAAAGGAAUCGACAUAGUGAUACGCAUGUACCUGUUAAAAAUACCGCUGAAGUAAAAGCAGCCAAACCGCGGUCAAGACACACAAGUAAUGGUCACGUCUCCAGCUCACAUGAAAAACUUUCCUCACACUCUGGUCGGCAUGAUCAUGGUCACAGGGACCAUGCUUCUCACAAGCACAGUGACCACGCCCAUGAUCGGAGCAAGCAUGUUUGGCUCUGCAGAGACGAUGAAAUUCAUAAGCUCAUUGCACAGAAAGCAUCUCUGUUAAAGGAAUAUGAGUCAGGAAGCUUGGCUGGGAGAAAAGUUUUUUCAGGACACAUAAGCCGUUACAAAAGAGAGGAGGAGCUUGCUGAUCUCCCGGAUGUAGGAUUCAUUAGCAACAAACCGACACGGAGACAGACGAGGCCGUUGAGCGAAGCCUUUCCAGACAGAGCACCUUACAGCUCACGGAGGAAAGCUCAGCGCCGAUCUCUGCAACUCUCAUACUCGGGAUCUUCAACAGACGAGGAUGAGCGGACCAACAGAGCUGUGGAGGCAAAGAGAGGUGGUACUUUUUCCGUGGGGUUGGCGUCGAGAAACGUUGAGCAAAAGGAGGCAGCAGGUGGGAGUGACUCGGAUCACGAGGAAACCUGUGAAUACUGUGCGGCGGAGAAGGCUGCAAGUAAAGCCCGUGAACGGAACCCAGCGUGGGAAGGCCCUCAUCACCCGAGGAACCUUCUUCUUGGAGUUGUGUACACGGCCAAGUACCUGGGAUCAUCGCAAAUUAUGUCGCCCCAGUCCCCUAACAAAGCCGUACGGAUGGAGCAGGCGCAAGAGGCCGUGGGACGGAUAAAGGUGCCUGAAGGUGAGGACCAACCUACCACCGAUGUGGACCUGUUCAUCUCUACCGAGAGACUAAAAAUCGUCAACUCUGGAACCAAGGAAGUCAUGUUAGAUCACGCCCUCCGUACCGUGUCGUUUAUCGCCGAUAUCGGGGAUGUUCUGGUGCUCAUGGCUCGCCAGCCGCCCGAGGAACAUCACAAUCAGGAGGUGUUGAAACCUUCACAGAUCCUGGCGAGUGUAGGAACAGCACAGACCGACCAUAAAAACAUCAAGAUCACCUGCCAUGUCUUCCAAGCUCCCGAGGCCCAGGUGAUAGCCAAGAGUAUUGGACAGGCGUUCAAUGUGGCUUAUCAGGAGUUUUUGAGACAAAAUGGUUUAACAGAUGAAGUUGUAGAGGAUGCCGAGUACAAUGGUGUGUUAGAGGCACAAAAAAUACUCGGUGAGGAUUUAUCGUUAUUGGCUGAUGAAAGUAACGCCAAAGAGGUGAUUGUCAAUAAAAAGCCGGCUGAAAUGCUUGGUGUCAUGAUCGUAGAGUCAGGUUGGGGAUCCAUGAUUCCUUGCGCCAUUAUUGCGCAUCUGGCAAAGGACGGGCCAGCGGCCAAGUCUGGCAGACUCAAUGUUGGUGACCAGAUCCUCUCGGUCAACGGUACAAGUUUGGUCGGUCUCCCUUUGUUAGAGUGUCAGAAUAUUAUCAAGAGUAUCCGCCCAACCACUAAGGUCGUGAUGAAGAUCGUGUCGUGUCCUCCGACUGUACAAGUUGUGGUUAACAGACCGGAUACCAAGUAUCAACUGGGAUUCAGUGUGCAGAAUGGAAUGAUUUGUAGUCUAAUGCGUGGCAGUAUAGCGGAGAGAGGAGGUGUUCGAGUCGGUCACAGGAUUAUUGAGAUCAAUGGCGAGAGUGUGGUGGCGACGUCACACCAGCAUAUUGUGGAACUCCUGGCCACUACAGUGGGAGAGAUUCGUAUGAAGACGAUGCCUGCCUCCAUGUACCGCCUUCUAGUUGGUUUGGAAACACCACAACACAUCUGAUCUAAUCAGAGAGGAAUUCACGCUUACGUUACCGGCGCGCCGCUUAAAAAGGACUCGCCUUCAGUCACACAAUCGGAGAGAACUUGUCACGCCAUGGAGGAACCUUUGUCACGUAACUCGUACGUGCGCCUUGACACGGUGGAAAUCGAAAUGAAAACCAGAAGUAGUAUUAUCUCUGGGUGUAACUCCAAAAUACCCGGCCACUUUGAAGCUAUACGUCCAAAACAGUGGCUACACGGUUACGAGCCGCUUGGGCCACUUCAGUAAUAUACACGCUCUAAAGGCUGGUUUUCACUAGGGACGAAGUCGUAAGAACGCUUACCACCUAGUGAAAAUCAACAAUCGGAGUCGGAAGAAUCAGAACGUUUCCAUUUUCUUCCGAUUCCGCUUACGACUCCGUCCCUUAUAAUCCAGUGAAAACUAGGUUGUCGGAGUCGGAAACAGAAGCGGAAGAACCAGCCAAUCACGACAUCUGGAAUCAAGCAUUGCGAUUGGUUUAUUCUGCUUGCGACUCCGACAAUCUAGUUUUCAUUAAAUCAUAAACGACAGAGUCAUAAGCGGAAUCAGUGUUCUGCUUUUGACUCCGUCGGUUUGAUUUUCACUCGAUCGUAUCGCUCUACGCUUCUGAUUACGACUCCGACUCUGUCGCUAGUGAAAACCAGCCUUAAAACGGGGUUACGGUUAGCGUUGGAGUUAGCCCUGUAGCCAAGUAGGCUCGUAGGCGCGAAACCGCUUAGCCUAAAC